UAGUGAAUUGCUCGACAUAAUAGGAAGGGCUGCUCUUUUUAAAUGAAACUGAUGAGAUUUUUCAUUUUGCAAUCAGGUGGUGUCACUGAUAAGGACACCGCUGCCUACAGAUCCUCUCGGACCACGGAAAUUGAAGAAGAGACAUCAGCUGUAGAAGUUUACCUAUCUGAUUCAGCACGGGGAACCAUCCUCACAUCAAAGAAUGAACAUAUUGUUUUGCAAUGAAGAUAUGCAUUUUUAAUAAAACACACACACACAUAUACAAUACACACCUGACCUUCUGCAACAUAACAUCUUGACCUUCGCAAAAACAAAUUUUUUAAGCCAAAUAAAUCGCGCAUUAGUACAAGCACAACAGAACUGCAGGUUCCAGGGAAGCCGCCAAGCGUGGCUGCCGGAAAGGCUCGGCGGAAGGUCAGAGAGAGGAGCCAGGGAAGGUCGCACGUGGAGAAAGAAUAGGGAAGCUUUGUUGUUUUCUAAUUUUCCCAUAGCCUUCACGUUGUGUGCUUGUAGCACUAACAUGCAGUAGCACCUCCGUGCGCUAGCGAGCAUGACUGCCGGAGACGUUACUAGAUACAACUCCAGGUGUGCAGCAGGUCACGGAGGCGUCGCGUAUGUAGCUGCAGAAAUUAUCACCAAACUCGUCCAAAAAAGUACAGGGACUGCAGCAUGGGCACGAGGAGAGAACGACAUGCUCGGUAACCUACAGCCGCCGGGGAGGAGACGAGAUCAUCACCCUGUUUUUCUCUCCCUCAUCUCAUUCUCCUGUCCUCAAGAGAACAUCACCGCCUCCUGCCGUGCUGCAGCACCUCAAUGGUACAGUGGGUUGGUGAUAGCGCAGGAGCUGGCCGGUGACUCAAGAAGACCAGAUGCGACAAGGUGGCAGGACCCGUCGGAGGCGCGCGGUGGCCUACGGCGGCUGGUGUGCGGGGAGCCAGGCGCCGCCCAAAUCUUGCCUCCACCAGGCGCCGGGUGGUGGAGGCGUGAGGUGGCCGACGUGUGGAGGAGCGGUGGGAUCCGGCGAGGCGUGUGGGGAUUCCGGGGAGGUCGCGCGGCAGGGGGCGGGGAUCCAGGAGGUGGCGCGGCGGUGGAGGAAUCUGGGGAGUGGGCGCGGUGCGCCGGGAAGAUGGCAGCGACGGCGCGUGGGAGCGGGCCUGGACCCGGCCGUGGGGAGGCUCGCCGGCCGUUGGGAGGAAGGGGAGGCGCACGGCGGUGGGGAUGGCUGCGGCUGGGAAUCGAGGAGGGUGGGGAGAGGUGGGGAACGUGGGUUAUUUUUUCGUUUGGGCUUUUUCUUUUUUGUUUCGCUGCGGGUCGGGGAGUCCUGGAAUCAUGA